AUGGGGGGUCCCAAGGGGCCCCCACGCCUCGUCCACGCCGGACACCCCCUCCUCUGCCUGCUCUGCCUCCUCCCGCCGCUGCUCAAAGCUGCCGGGCCAAGCCAGGUGCCCAUAGACCAGCCCCUGUGGGCAAUGCUGGAGCAAUACUGCCGGGCAGUGAUGACUCUCGCCAACCUCUCAGGAACAGAUCUAAGUCAGGCUCAGAGGCUUACUCUGGAGUUUGAACGAGAGGUCACGGAGACACCCAGCAUGCUCCAUGAGCCAGAGGAGGGACUUGCCCCUUGGUGGUUGGCAUCUUUUGUAGGGAACGCCUACAGAGAGUGCUUGGAGAAUGGGACGUGGGCUUCACGGAUCAACUACUCACAGUGCGAGCCCAUUUUGGAUGACAAGCAAAGGAAGUACGACAUACACUACCACGUCGCCCUCGUUGUCAACUACCUGGGCCACUGCGUCUCUGUGGCAGCCCUGGUGGCCGCUUUCCUGCUUUUCCUGGCUCUGCGGAGUAUCCGCUGUCUGCGGAACGUGAUUCACUGGAAUCUCAUCACCACCUUUAUCCUGCGAAAUAUCAUGUGGUUCCUGCUGCAGCUCAUCGACCACGAAGUGCAUGAGAGCAACGAGGUCUGGUGCCGCUGCAUUACCACCAUCUUCAACUACUUCGUGGUGACCAACUUCUUCUGGAUGUUCGUGGAGGGCUGCUACCUGCACACGGCCAUUGUCAUGACCUACUCCACCGAGCGCCUGCGCAAGUGGCUCUUCCUCUUCAUCGGAUGGUGCAUCCCCUGCCCCAUCAUCAUCGCCUGGGCCAUUGGCAAACUCUACUAUGAAAAUGAACAGUGCUGGUUUGGCAAGGAGCCUGGUGACCUGGUGGACUAUAUCUACCAAGGCCCCAUCAUCCUCGUGCUCCUGAUCAACUUUGUAUUUCUCUUCAACAUCGUCAGGAUCCUAAUGACGAAAUUGCGAGCAUCCACCACAUCGGAAACAAUCCAGUACCGGAAGGCAGUGAAGGCCACCCUGGUUCUCCUGCCCCUCCUGGGCAUCACCUACAUGCUCUUCUUCGUCAACCCUGGGGAGGACGACCUGUCGCAGAUCGUGUUCGUCUACUUCAACUCCUUCCUGCAGUCAUUCCAGGGUUUCUUUGUGUCUGUCUUCUACUGCUUCUUCAAUGGAGAGGUGCGCUCAGCCGUGAGAAAGAGGUGGCACCGCUGGCAGGACCACCACUCCCUCCGAGUGCCCGUGGCCCGGGCCACGUCCAUCCCCACGUCGCCCACACGGAUCAGCUUCCACAGCAUCAAGCAGACGGCCGCCGUGUGA